GCUCUCUCUCUCUCCGUCUCGGUAUUGCAUCAGUUUUCGAAAAUUUGAUUCAGAGAGGAUUUCUCUCUCCUGUGAUCUCUCCUUUCCGUUUUUCGUUUCGUUUCCUUUCGUUGCGAAUAUAUAUAGAAAUAGAAAGAGAGAGGGGGGGGAUGCAUUGUUGGUGAGGAAAAGCCCUAGUUUUCUCGAAGCUCCCCUCCGCGAUCUCUUCUGUUUUGUACAUGCAGGUAUAGACAGAGGGAGAAUCGUAGCUUGGAGGAGAGAGGAGCGGGAGAGAGAGGUGGUGGUGCAAAGAGAUUUGCUGUAUGUCAGUGGAUUGUUUGCGCUACUGCGGUGGAUUUGGUGAGCUUGCGAACCCGCUACAAUGGCCACAGCUGCGAAAAAGGCGACGUCCUGUUGCAUUCCCGACGAUUUCGCCACCGUUCCUCGGAAGGCCUCCGCUGCCGCCGCGGCAGACGCUGUCCAGGACUGGAGUGUGGCCGGCGAUGAACGACGCGAUGAUCAGCAGAAAAAGAGAUCUGCUGUCGCGCCUCUGAUUCGGACUGAACCUUCCACGAAUGCUUCCACUAAAGGUGCCCAGAUAAUGCUGAGGGCUCAAACCCGUCAUCCUUUGGACCCAUUAUCUGCUGCUGAAAUUGCAGUGGCUGUGGCAACUGUCAGGGCAGCUGGAGCUACACCUGAGGUCAGAGAUAGCAUGCGAUUCAUUGAAGUGGUUUUGUUGGAACCGGAAAAGCAUGUUGUUGCUUUGGCAGAUGCAUAUUUUUUCCCCCCUUUCCAGCCAUCUUUAGUGCCCAGAACCAAAGGCGGGCAUGUAAUUCCAAGUAAGCUCCCUCCGAGGCGAGCUAGAUUGAUUGUGUACAACAAGAAAACCAAUGAGACAAGUCUAUGGAUUGUUGAACUAACUGAAGUGCAUGCAACAACUCGAGGCGGGCAUCACAGGGGAAAAGUCAUUUCAUCUGAAGUUGUUCGAGAUGUCCAACCUCCCAUGGAUGCAGUAGAAUAUGCUGAAUGUGAAGCUGUUGUCAAAGAUUUUCCUCCAUUCCGAGAGGCAAUGAAAAAGAGGGGCGUUGAAGAUAUGGAUCUUGUGAUGGUUGAUCCCUGGUGUGUUGGAUACCACAGUGAUGCUGAUGCUCCUAGCCGUAGACUUGCCAAACCACUAAUAUUCUGUAGAACAGAGAGUGACUGUCCAAUGGAAAAUGGUUAUGCACGCCCAGUUGAAGGUAUUCACGUACUCGUUGAUAUGCAAAAUAUGGUGGUGAUUGAGUUUGAAGACCGCAAAUUUGUUCCCUUACCACCAGCUGAUCCAUUAAGAAACUAUACCUCUGGUGAAACAAGAGGUGGUGUUGAUCGAAGUGAUGUAAAGCCUCUGCAAAUUAUUCAACCAGAGGGUCCAAGCUUUCGUGUUAAUGGACACUAUGUGGAGUGGCAGAGGUGGAAUUUCCGUAUUGGUUUCACUCCUAGAGAAGGUUUGGUUAUACAUUCUGUAGCAUAUGUUGAUGGUAGUCGCGGUCGGAGGCCUGUAGCACAUAGGUUGAGUUUUGUGGAAAUGGUUGUGCCUUAUGGAGAUCCAAAUGACCCACAUUAUAGGAAGAAUGCAUUUGAUGCAGGGGAAGAUGGUCUUGGGAAAAAUGCACACUCUUUAAAGAAGGGCUGUGACUGUUUGGGAUACAUCAAGUACUUUGAUGCUCAUUUCACAAAUUUUACUGGAGGUGUUGAAACAAUUGAAAACUGUGUAUGUUUGCAUGAAGAGGAUUGUGGAAUACUUUGGAAGCACCAAGACUGGAGAACUGGUUUAGCAGAGGUUCGGCGGUGUAGGAGGCUAACUGUUUCUUUUAUUUGUACCGUGGCAAAUUAUGAAUAUGGAUUCUAUUGGCACUUCUAUCAGGAUGGAAAAAUUGAAGCUGAAGUCAUACUUACUGGAAUUCUUAGCUUAGGUGCUCUGCAGCCUGGAGAAUCUCGAAAAUAUGGUACAAUGAUUGCUCCAGGGUUGUAUGCACCAGUUCAUCAGCACUUCUUUGUUGCUCGAAUGGAUAUGUCUGUUGAUUGUAAGCCCGGAGAAGCAUAUAAUCAGGUUGUUGAGGUGAAUGCUAAAGUUGAGGAACCUGGGAAGGAUAAUAUUCACAACAAUGCAUUCUAUGCGGAAGAGACAUUGCUUAGAUCUGAACUGCAAGCAAUGCGUGACAUUAAUCCUUUGUCUGCUCGUCACUGGAUUGUCAGGAACACAAGAACUGUCAAUAGGACUGGACAGCUGACAGGCUACAAGUUGAUACCUGGUUCAAACUGCUUGCCAUUAGCUAACCCUGAGGCUAAGUUUUUGAGAAGAGCUGCCUUCUUGAAGCAUAACCUCUGGGUUACACCAUAUGCUCGUAAUGAGAAUUUUCCUGGAGGAGAGUUCCCAAAUCAGAACCCCCGUGUUGGUGAGGGGUUGCCUACCUGGGUUAAGCAAAAUCGAACUCUGGAAGAAACUGAUGUUGUUCUCUGGUAUGUGUUUGGAAUCACACAUGUUCCUCGGUUGGAAGACUGGCCUGUUAUGCCUGUUGAGCGCAUCGGUUUCAUGCUUCAGCCGCAUGGAUUCUUCAACUGUUCUCCUGCAGUUGAUGUGCCGCCCAACACAUGCGAGUUGGAUGCCAAAGACAGUGAUGUCAAAGACAGUGGAGUAGCAAAGCCAAUUUCAAAUGGGUUGAUGAGCAAGCUUUGAAGGGACACGCCGCUUGCUUUGGAAUAAAAUUUGCAAGAAGGUUCCGGGCCAAAUUCUGGUUGAGCCUUCUAGAAAAGUUUCGCUUUUACUUGCUGCUUAAUGUCUGGUUUUUCUGUUUCGUUUGGUUUGGCGUGCAAUUUGUGGACCUCUGUACUGUACUGUACUUUUUGACUUGGAAACCACCGUUCAGGCGGUUCAAUUUGGAUUUGUCUACAGAAAAUGUGAUAGAAUUGCUUGCUUGAUUAGUGCGCCCGCGCGCUAACUAAUACUGGGUUUUUGUUGGUUAAUUACCUUUACAUUA